CAUGACAUUGCGAGUCAUAUUAAUUUGCUGCUGGAGGGGUCCGGGGCCGUUGGGAGGUACUGGUGGUUCCGAUAUAAGUUGAUGAGGCCAUGUCGCGGCGUCGGGGCUCGUCGGGCGGCGACGUGCCCGACCAGACCGACGUGUUCCUGAAGCGAGAGCCGCCGCUCUCGCCGCCCUCACAGGCGCCCUUCUCGCGCUGCUCCUCCAACGGCUCGCUGACGGCUGCCGGUUCGUCCCACUCCGCGCCUGGUACCGACGACGAGGACAGCGACGGCCGCUCGCACACGCAGACGUACAAGGAGCGGCGGCGCGAGGCGCACACCUUCGCCGAGCAGAAGCGCCGCGACGCGAUCAAGAAGGGCUACGACAUGUUACAGGAGCUGGUACCCACGUGCCACGCACAGGAGGGCGGCUCCGGCGCGCCCUACAAGAUGAGCAAGGCAGCCGUGCUGCAAAAGUCAAUCGAGUACACGCAGUACCUGCUGCAGCAGAAGCGGCGCCAGGAGGAAGAGCUGGCCAGUCUGCGCAAAGAGGCAGUGGCACUACAGAUCCUCAAGGCCAACUACGACCAGGUGGUAAAAGCGCACCAGAACCGGCCGGGGCCGCAGGACGCCCAGGUCUCGGACGAGGUCAAGUUCCAGGUGUUCCGCGCCGUCAUCGACAGCCUCUUCCAGUCGUUCGAGGCCAGCGUGUCGACCAGCAGCUUCGCCGAGCUCUCUGGCUCCAUGAUCGCCUGGAUGGAGGAAGACGUGAAGCCGCAGGUGCUGCGUGACACGUGCAUUCACGUGCUCAGACAGAUCAAGCCGAACCUCUAGCGGACGGACGGCACGUACCCGUGCCGGCGGGUGGAACUCGGAGCGUGCUGCGGGGUUGGUGACGCAGUGUUCCCGUGCUCAGUGCGUGUCUCGAGGGGCAAGGAAGUCGUCGCCUUAUUCACUGUGGGGCCGGGGAUCCGCCGACUUCAUCACUGUGCAUGUGGGUGCUGAUGUAUUCUUGGGGGUCGCGUUUUUGCUUUCGUUGGUCGUCAGACUUACCACGAGGGUAAUUUUCAGUGCAAUUUGUCGAGCGGACGGGGCAGAACCGCUGCCACCUGGUAGAAGCGCGCAUAGUGCUACUUACGAGACAUGGGUUGAGCGCGGCGUGGAGCCGGCCGGAUAAACUUACCAGCGGGCUGUGGCCGAGAGGCUUCGAGGUGAAUGACCUUGUGAUUGGCCCUAUCAUCAGGGCCAGAAAUACAUAAUGUUUUAGGACGCAACUAGCAGAGGCAAUGACGGGUUUGGUUGCUCCGUUUUGUGGUGCAUAACAUUGUGCCCCUAUUUUAUUGCACGCGUGUGAUUGUACUGCCCGCCUGUAUCAUAUUCAGCUGUCAGUCCAGUUCACCAAUACAGGUUGGAUGGAAUACGCUGCCCAUGGUCCUCAAGAGAACAGCCCAUUUUUAUGAGACUUCCACCCGAGCAUGGCUCAUGCGUCAGCUGAAAGUGUUCCGUUGAAUUGCUGCGGGUUAUGGCCGAUGGUGAUCUAGUGGUGCCGGCGUUACCUUUGUCCAGAUUUGCCCGCACUGUAUGCAUGACACAUGGCGACUAUAUGGCAUGUGACUAUGGCGCAUGGUGAGUAUAUGGCAUGUGGUGACUAUCUGGCAUGCGGUGACUAUAUGGAAUGUGUGGACUAUGUGGCAUGUGGCGACUAGAUGGCACGUGGUGAUUGGCACAUGGCGCCGCAGGUGCGCAGAGCGCCGUUGAUUGAGUGAAUCACGUUCUUUCAGAAGCUGGACAAAUUGAUUCUGUCUGAAUCGAACCGUAGCAGUGAGGCUGGACUGGAACAAUUCACUGUAACUGGUGAUUGCGAACGCCUGCGCUUGUAACCUUAUUCACUUGUUUUCUAGCCACGCAUUUCAUACUCAGUCGGCCGCUUCCUGUCACGACUCUGAGUUGUCGGAUGGGGCCUUUCGCUCGUCGGCAUCAUCAUGCGGUGGUUAAGCGAGAAAUUCCGAUAACUACGUUGUUUCUAAUGUGGUAUUCAACGUUUACGAACGUUUCUUUGAAACUGCGACUCGUUGAUAAGGCCACUCGUUUCAGCCAUAAAAGAGACAGAAUAAAAUCGUUACAAUG